AUGAAAAUUAAUCAGGUGCAGUCUGAUUACGGUUCUGCUGACAGCUUCACUAAAAUAUUGAUUGAAGCAGCGGAUGAAUCAUUUCCAGUUAAGAGGGUCUCUAAGGGUAAAAUCCCCUCCCCACCUUGGUGGGACAAUGAAUGUUCUGAGGCCAUUAAAAGUAGAAAGGAAGCUGAAAUGAAUUAUUUAGCAUAUACUAGUUCUGAAAAUUUCGAUUUACUCUCAAAAUCUAUCACUGAGACCCGUAAACUUUUUAAGAAAAAAAAGUUUGACAGCUGGAGAAAGUUUUGUUCUGAAAUUUCGCCUGAUAUCCAGCCUAGUGCUGUUUGGCAGAAAAUCCAUAGGUUUAGAUCGCUUUACAAAGAAUCUAAAUCUACUGUACUUCCUUACACUAUAGCAAAUGAGUUUUUAAGUAAGUUAUCUCCUCCUUCAGUACAAUUUCACAACAUUCCUCUUCCAAUAUCAGAUUACUCAGAAUUGAAUUCUCUUUUCUCCUUUAACGAGCUGCAGGGUGUUCUCUCGGUUGUUCGGGACUCAGCUCCGGGGCCGGACGGUAUUCCUUAUUCUUUUCUCUCAAAUUUGACUGAUAAUGCGAAAACUUAUUUUUUAGACAUUAUUAAUCAUAUUAUGGUUUCUGGUUCUGUUCCAAUGUUUUGGAAAGAACAAAUAAUUAUUCCAAUUUUAAAAUCGAAUAAACCGUCUGAUAACGCACUAUCCUAUCGCCCAAUUGCUCUUUCAUCAGUUUUAUUGAAAAUAAUUGAACAUUUAGUAAAAAAUCGACUUGAAUUUUUUGUCGAAAGUAAUUGCUUAUUGGCUGAAAGUCAAUAUGGCUUUAGGCGAGGGAAGAGUGCGCUCGAUGGUAUCAGUAUAUUUACUACGGAUAUUAGACUUGCUUUUAGCGAAAAUAAAUCAAUACUUUCUGCUUUUUUAGAUAUACAGUCAGCAUAUGACAAUGUUGUAAUUUCUGUACUUAAACAUAAGUUGCUUACCAUUAAAACACCUCCGUUACUUAUUAAUAUUAUCAUUAAUUUACUCCUUGAUAGAUCUUUAUCUUUAACGGUCGAUGAUAACUCUGUAGUUUCUAGGGUCUUGACUAAGGGCCUUCCUCAAGGCUCAGUAUUGAGUCCUAUUCUCUACAAUAUUUAUACCCAUGACUUGGAAUCUUCUUUUAAUGGUAGUAUAAGUGUUUUGCAAUAUGCUGAUGAUUUACUUUUAUAUAAUGCCAGUCAGUCAGUACAAGAAGCUAGUGUAGCUAUAACAUCUAAUUUGUGCCUUUUAAAAAAAUGGCUGGAUAGUAAUGGUUUGGAUUUGUCUGCGUCCAAAAGUAGUGUUGUUCUUUUUAGUCGAAUGCGACGUCCAGCAGAACCUAAUGUUUUUUAUGAGAACCUUAAAAUCCCUGUAAAAAAAGAAGUAAAAUUUCUUGGUGUUGUUUUGGACUCAAAACUCACAGGCAUUCCUCAUUGUAAUUACGUAGUUUCGAAAUGUGAACGCAGCUUGAAUAUUUUGCGUUGUCUUUCGGGCGUUUGGUGGGGUGCUCACCCAUUUUGUCUAAAGCUACUUUACAAUGCAUUGAUUAGGAGUGUUCUUGAUUACGGUACUUUUAUUUUAGAGCCUGGCAAUAUUUCUGCCUUUAAAAAACUUGAUUUAAUGCAGUCAAAAUCUUUAAGAAUUGUAUGCGGUGCUAUGAAGUCAAGCCCCAUAAAUGCUUUACAAGUAGAAUGUAAUGACCCGCCUCUGUAUUUACGCAGACAAUAUUUAUCGGAUAGAUAUCUAUUCCGUUCGUUUCAAUUUUCUAAUCACCCAUUGAGAUCAAAGUUGAAUUAUCUUUGUGAACAUAUAAACACAUCUCCAUAUUGGAAACAUAAGCAGCCUCCCCGUCUUGUAGUAAGCUAUAGAAAAUUCUUAUCAUUAGAGUCUCCUACCCACUGUUCUAAUUAUCUUCCUCUAUUUUGUUUUAGUUAUGACUCUUUAAUUUUGAAUCCGAAUGUUAAUUUAAAUUUUCUUAGUUCAAAUCGUCAUCAAUCUAAUUCUGAAUUCAAAUCCCUUGUGAACGAAAACUGGCAAGGAUAUCAUUCUAUUUUCACCGAUGCAUCUAAAAUAAAAAACAGUUGUGUUGGUAUCGGUGUAUAUCAUCCCCAAUACAAGAUUGUUCAAAAAGUGAAGUUCCCUAAAGAAACAUCUGUAUUUACGGGUGAAUGUGUGGGUUUAUUAAAAGCUGUAGAAUACAUUUUACUAGCUAAAUUGAACCAAACAAUAGUUUUUUCUGAUUCUAAGAGCGCUCUGCAGGCUUUAAUGAGAUUCCCAUUUAAAUCUCGUAAUUCGAAUCCCGUAAUUCUAGAAAUAAGAAAUAUAAUUUUUCAGUGCAUGAAUCUCAAUUUAAAGAUCAGCUUUGCUUGGAUUCCAAGUCAUUGUGGAAUUAAAGGUAAUGAAAUAGCUGAUACCUUGGCCAAGGAAGCUAUAAGUUGUGGGGAUGUUUUCCCUUUUAAAAAUUAUACAUGUGAUUUGGUGAACUUGUCUCAAGAUUUCCUUCAUUCUAGUUGGCAGAGUAGCUGGACUGAAUCAAGCCAGUCAAAAGGGAAAUCUUAUAGUACUAUUCAACCCACAAUACCUUCAAAGCCGUGGUUUUUCAAAAUUCAUUUCGCUAAACGUGUAACAACAUGUCUCAUUCGCAUGCGAUUGGGACAUGUUUCCACUCCAGCCCAUCUUUUUAAAUUCAAAAUUGUUGAUAAUCCAGCCUGUGAUUGCGGUGCUGAAUUCCCAAGCUUUUAUUUUGCUUUGUGGCAAAUGCGCAAGCCGCGCGAGCCAAAAUCAAACAGAAGAAGAAGAAGGAAUAAAAAUUUUUUUUUCCCUAUUUAUUCGCUGGUAUCCCACCUAUGCCAGGACGGCUAG